UUUAAGUCUAAAGCCUGCCGAAAAAAUCGACAAAACAAACACCAAACAAACAACCCAACAAAUCCUUGCAUUCGUUUCUCAGUAGCAACGCGAAUUUGUUUUAUCGAUACUGAUUGGAAAACCAGAGGAGUAGUGUCCUUUUCUGGAGUUUUCAUGUGACUACUAUCAUUAUUCGUGGUGUGCCGGUCUUUUCUUGUGCAAUUAAACAAAAUACAGAGAAAUAAGGAUGCCGUCCUCGGUGAGAUCUGCAAAAAGUCGGAAGUCGAUAGUAAUGUCUGCUCAGAGAAAGGAAGAUAAGCCAUAUUUUCAGUAUAGAAGAUUAGCAAAAGAAUGCCAAAGUCUAGAUCGGGUCAAACAACUACGACCAGAACAUCCUGGGAAGGAUGAGGAUAAAAAGGUAAUCGGACCAUCAGGCGAAGUUCGUGUUAUGGCAAAACGUUCUGAUCACCCCCGCAUCUAUCCAACUGUGGUGCCGAAGCACGAAAUGGAACGUUUAAAAAAAGCGUCCAAAGUUAUAACACUCGAAGAAACCAUGCAAGAAAUGGAAAGAAUCGAAGCCGAGAAAAAAAGGAUUGAGCAGGAAUGCGAGGAGAGGAAAAGACAAAUGCGAGAAAUUGACGACAAGAAGCAAAAGCAUUCGAAAGCAGACCACAAAGUUGAAAACUUCGCUCAAGAGGAAAAGGCCAAAGUACUCGACAGAGCCUUUCUGCUGAAACAUGAGCAGGAGGAAGAGGUUAAGGAAGCAAAUCGAAUCAUCUUAGCGGCCAAAUGCCAUGUUAUCCGGCAUGCUCAAAUCCAAGAGAAAUUAGAGAUGGCUCGCGAAUUGAAAGAGGAGGAGUUGCGGAUGGAAAGGCUGAUGGAACAAGAGCGUUCGAAGUCAUUUAAAGGGGAUGACGAAAAAAUCGCAAUGACUAAGGAGCAGAAUAUGAAGCACGCACAAGAAAUCAAACGACAAUUGGAAGAACGUGAGCGGCUAAAGCUAAUUGAAGGCGAAGAAAUCGAAGCAGAAGCUAAAAUGCUGGCACAGGCAAAAGCAGCCAUCGAACGUGAUGAGGAAGCUCAAGUGAAGGCGAAACGUGCAAAGACUGCCAAGUUACGGGCUGACCUGCAGAAAGUCUCGGAACUAAGUGCACUCUUCAAAAAGAUGGAAUUCGAUCAGGAACGAGAGGCUGAAAUGAAAGUUCAAGAGUAUAUGAAAGCCAAAGAGGAACGCGAAAAGAAACUAGCUAUUGAGAGGAAGCUAGCCAAAGAAGCAUUGGAACGGAAGCAGGAACGACUGAUCAAUUUGCAACAAAAGAUCCUAGAGAGCAAGCAGGAAUUGGAUGAGAUGACCAUUCGUCGGGAACAGGAGGAGAAGGAACGAGAAUUUCGUAGGAAACAAAGGGAGGCUGCUUUGAAGAAAAAACAGACUAACCAGGAAUUGGCCGAAUCGAGGAUGGCGCAAUUAAAUGAGAUGAAACGUCGCAGAGCAAUGCAAUUAGAACGAGAAGAAGCAGAUUUCAAACGUAUUUGUGAAAAAUUAAAAGAAGAGGAAUCCAAAGAUCAACAAAGUCAACUGAAACGACAACAAAACAAACUAAAAUAUCGUCAGGAAAUUUUCCGACAAGUGAAUGAAAAAGAACGCGAACGCGAGGAAAUGCAACGUCGAGCAAAGAACGAAUAUUUGGCGUGGCAGGAAAAAGAAAAGCUUCGGGAAAAGAAUAUCCAGAGUGUCAUACAGAUGAAACUCGAAGCAAUGCGUAAUGCCCAUAUGCCUGAAAAAUUCAUUAAGGAUGUUGAAAAACAGCUAAAGGUUCCAGUGAAAUAGGGCUGAAACCAAAUGGUCUUAUACAAUAUGAUAAGUAGAUUUUAUUUUAUAGGGUUUAUGUCGAUUUAUAUAUUUUGUAUUGGU